UACGAAUUCAUGAGCCAAGUCCAACAUUUAGCGCACGUUACAGUUCAGCCAGAUUGGCAAGCUGUCAUUCAGGAUGUCUCCAGCAAUAAGAUUCAAGAAGAAGCUUUUUGGAUAUCAUGCUACUGUAAAUAUCAAGAGUCAAUGCAUGGCAAGGCGAGAGUUUCCGCUGGAAAAGGUCCUCAGAAAGAUUUCACAGUGAUUGGAGAGUCCGGUGUGGACGUUCAGCUUCAUAACGACAGAACACUUCAAAUUGCGUGUCCUGGAAUAGGUAUUAAAAAGACCACUGUGAAGGGGUUCAUUAUUGAAUACGCUCCAUUUGCAACCAGCUCCAGAAUACCGAAACCGCUCAACUGCAUGGAUAUUUCUCCCAAUAACGAAUUGUACGCUACAGCCACCGAUACUUUCAUCAAAGUUGGCGAUCUGGUGAAUGGGCACAUUCAUCGAGAACUCAAUGGCCACAUUGGCGAAGUGACAACUCUUGAAUUUUUUCCUAGUGGGCAAGUACUACUCUCCGGAGCAACUGAUUUCCAAGUCAAGAUAUGGUCUGUAUUAGACGGAAGUAAUCCAGUUACUUUGAAGGGCCAUACAGCAGCUAUAACAUCCACCGCCAUGGUUGACCGAGGGCGAAAUGUUCUGUCAUCGUCAAAGGAUGGAACCAUUCGCUUGUGGGAAUGUGGAUCUGGUACAACCCUGUCAACCAUAACGUGCGCUAGUUGUGUCAAUGCUAUAGCAAUAGGCGUCCUACCAGAUAUAUGGAGAAGCGAAGAUAGCGAGUUAAAUACAGAUCCUCGUGAAGUGUCUACGAAGAAUAAACUAGUGCUAGCGGCUGUUUCAGAUGGCUUCUUGCAAGCUUUUGAUCUUGGGACAAAAAAGGAGGUUUUCAGGACUCAACCUUUCGAUGGCGAAGCCACUUGCUGUGCUUACCAUCCGGAACGAGGGGUUAUCGCUAUUGGUAGUUCAAAGGGCAUAAUUGAGAUAUACGAUAUUAAGGACAUGAAGACGCCGGCAGUGAGAUGCCAGAGAGAUGAAAAUGGUAUCCAGCAGCUAGGAUUCAAGUUGAACGAUAACGGAGAGCUUACGCUUUGUGUAGCUACUGCCGACGGCAGCUUAUUCGAAACAAGUUCUUUGGAAACCAUUAUGAACACUUCAAAAGCAAGCAUUGAAGUAGAGUAUACGGGAUAUGACGUUGAUCCAGUCUACAGUAUGAGGAUCACGAGCAAAGGUGUCGCCGGGCUUCGAGGUAUUGUCUGUUCAGGACGCGAUGGCUUUAUAAGACGGUAUGAAUAAAAAGGCUACGUUCACAAAUUAUGUUUGGUGUAUGUAGCAACUUGACAAUUAUAAAAGGGGUUUUUUUUGAUGAGGAA